GUGCUCUGAUCUGACCAUGCAACGGGCACUGUAGGACCUCACUCGAGGGCCCUAGAUCCAGCCUUGCAAGGGUGAAAGGAAACUCCUUAGAGGAAGUGAUAGACAACACGGUCUUGAGUCACAGGACUUUGGGAAGUGAAGACAAAGACUCAGAAGCAAAUGGAAGCUUGAAGAACUGCAGCAUUUAUUGCCGUUGACAUGUUGCUGUAUGUAUGUUACUCGCUUCUUUUUAAUCUUCUGUCUCCUUCCACGAUGAUGUGAGCUCCGCCACUGCAGACACCUGUCUCUUUGAAAAGUUCACUAUGGGAUCCUCAGCGCUUAGAGCAGAGCCUGGCACCUAGCAGGUGUUCAAACAGUACCUGUGGAAGAGCGAGGGCCUGGCUGCACCGCCUCACACGGACGGCUGCCGGCGUCCACGCCUCCGCCCCGGCUCCCACGAGGGCUGUCUGCAGAGGGCCGGGGCCCGCCGUCCUCACUGCGACCCCGCAGAAGCUCGGACUCAGAAGCGUCACGCGGCUCCACUCCCGCUGCUGGGAUUUCCUCUGUUCGGCCUCUGCUGGAACUGCGUAAUGAGGAGCCCUCCUCGUCUCACCACAGCCUCCGCUUUAUUGUUGCCCGAUGCCGAAGCGGUUGCGCCAGUUUGUUUUCCCCCGGGCCAGCGACGGUUUCUGGGGCACGGCACGCUGAGGGGUGUAGUCCGAACUCCGCCAUCGGCAUCCAGAGGGCGGCCCACCCGGGAACGGGAAACGACUACAACUCCCAGAGUGCCCCGCGCCGCCGGGAGCCCUGCGUCCGCCGGGGCUGCGAGGCCGGGAAGGUGCCGGCGCCCCGGCCCUCGCCUGCGCUCCUUGGAGGUGAAAUGCUCCCUGUGUGUUGUGGGGAUCCAGGCCCUGGCAGAAAUGAAUCGGUGGCGGGAAGUCCUGUCCUGGGUUCUUCAGUAUUACCAGGCUCCUGAAAAGCUGCCCCCCAAAGUCCUGGAGCUGUGUGUUCUUUUAUACAGCAAAAUGCAAGAGCCUGCAGCCAUGCUGGAAGUGGUCCGUGCCUGGCUCCAAGACCCAGACAAUCAGGGCCUUCCAGAAUACAGAGCCUUGGUAGAACUUCACCUGCAGCGGGUUCUGCUGCCUCUGGGCUGCUUGUCGGAGGCUGAGGAGCUAGUGGUGGACUCUGUAGCCUUCAGUGAUGAGCAGCGGCUGGAUGCACUCCAGGCCAUUAGCACAGCGAGGGAACAGCAGAAACAUGAACACUCUGGCUCUGAGGAGGCCCAGAAACUAAACCAGGAAGGCUCCUCCUCCCACAAAUUUCUGUCACUACUGAUGUCUCUUCGCCGGCUUUGGGACUUUGUAGUGAGCCACUUCUUUUCCCUGCCCUUCAAGAAGAGCCUUGUGGCUGCCUUGAUCCUCUGCCUCUUGGUGGCAAGGUUUGAUCCAGCUUCUCCGUCUUCCCUGCCCUUCCUCUACAAGCUGGCGCACAUCUUCCAUCGGAUCCGGGAGGCCGUGUCUUCUCCUCUCUGCCAGCUUCCCAUCCAGAACUGAGUGGUCUUCCUCACUCACCUCACUGCCCCUC